UGAUUUGCGAUGUCAUCAUUAUAAUCAUAUGACUAGGUGAUAAUCCGCGCCUUGCGCGGAGUGAAUUGACUCGGUGAUUUAAUGUUUGACAUCCAAAAUAAAGUCUGUAUUUGCAAUAUAUGAUUGAUAAAGUAGGACUUUAUAACACCGGAAGAAAGUUUCAAGAACGGUAAAAACAUAUUUAAACAAUAAAAUAAGUUUUUUAUAACUUAAAAGCUCAUUUAUUAUUAAGAUGCAUAAUUAAAGAAUUUAUCAUAAUAGUUCUUAAGUAAGAUAUUGAAAGCCAAAACAAAAAUAUAAAUGUGAAUAGAAUACUAAUAAAACGAAAAAAUCUCCAGUGUGGAGCUGCGCACCUUAGCGAGCUUGGUCAUGUCUCGGUUCUAAGAUACAGAGUGUACUCUGCUUCAAAGUGUUCUCGUCGAGAUGAAUAGUCAUGUCUCUCUUCUAAGAGAAAAGAGUGGGUUAUAUAGUUCAUACAAUAUAUACACGUUCAAGAACCAUUAUGCAGUGUGGAUGAAAAAUGCUUAGCGAGCUCGGUGAUGUAUCGUUUCUAAGAUUCAGAGUGUUCUCUUCUUGAAAGUGUUCAUGCUGAGUUCUUCGCCGAUAUGAAUGUUCAUAUCUCCCGUAUAAGAGAAAAGUUAAUUACGUCUUCAUCUUCUCGAUUCUAUGUUUCUAACUUACAUGUGUUACUAUCUAGUGCUUCGCGAUGUGCACUGACAGAGCACACCCGUAUAUGUUAUGGAAAGUCUUCAUGAUGGGAAAUAAUCUUUACGAUGGUACGGUGAUGUCGUAGCUUAAGCUUUACGUGAUAACUCAUUCCACGAGUGGUUUUUUUAAUUUUCUAGAUCAAUGAAACGUUUCCAAAAAUUAUGUAAUAGCAAAACCAAUUAAGGCAACUAAUUUGUGAGAGUCUCUGUACAAUGGACAUGUGUCAUACAUGGUGUGAAAGCAUUAACUCCAAUGCUCCUCUUUAAUAUAUAAGGGAUUAAGGCAACUAAUUUGUGAGAGUCUCUGUACAAUGGACACGUGUCAUACAUGGUGUGAAAGCAUUAACUCCAAUACUCCUCUUUUAAUAUAUAAGAGAUUCGUUUCAUUCCUCCAAUUCAUUUUUUAUAUGAGUUAUCUAUGAUUCAUCGAUUACCUCUUUGUUAGUGGAUUAAUUUGAUCGGUGAUUGAUGAUAAAUAAUAAUUAGAUGGAUCUUAUUUGUUUCAUAAAUCCUUUUUAAAACAAUACGGUAAGAGAUGUUAAGUGAUCUUAUGGAGAGAUUGAAAUAGGCUUUGGCUAUCCCAUCUUCACAUACUUUCUCCUCUCAAUGGAAGCAUGGCGAGUCUCAGCUGGAGCCCCAGUCCUCCUUAAUGGUUUAUUUUCUCUGCUAUGGAAGUCAAGUUGCAGGAGGUGCUGCAGGUCAAGAUGGAAUUUACGUUGUGUGCUCUGGGGAGAAUACUUGGCUCUUUUGCGCUACCUAUGAUGGAUUUAAUAGAAUAGAUGAUGCUUAUAGCUUGGCUUGUACUUUUAUGAGUCCAUUGUGUUCCAUCUCCGGUUACUUGAUUACUUGGAAAAAAUUAGGUUUGAGCUGGAGAUGGUAAAUCAGUGGUGAAUCUACUAAGGUGAUUGGGGUGUCCCUUAAAUCUGUAUAAAAUUUUAAUUGUGUGUAAAUCCAACAAAAUUUCCUUGGUAGUUUUGGUAAAAUCCUCAUAUUGACACCCCUCAAACCACAGUUCAAGCCUAGCAUGACACCUCUUAUUUCUUUUUAAUUGGUAUUUUGACACCCCUUAACAUAAUUCAUGCGUCGCCAAUGUGGUAAGUGCUUAACCACACUUACUAGAUCAGAAAACACUAGGUCAUCUCCUGACACUGACAUGUCACACGAUUCGCUAAUAACCAGGCCCGUGCCUUAUAUAAGGCAGCUAAAGCAUUAGCUUUAGGCCACAUUAAAAAGAAAAAAAAAUUGGGCCACAUCUUUAAUUCUGUGUAUAGUCCUUUUUAUUUGUUUCCAUAUUUUUAUGUAAAAGUUAUCAAACAAUAAAGGCAAUUAACCUUUUGUUAGUUUCCAUUUUUAUGUUAUAGUUAUCAAAAUGAAAUUAAAAGGAAAUUUAACACUUUCAAACAUAAAGAAACUUUCCAGCCAUCACUAUAAAUAACUUUGACCCUCUUCGUAAAUACACACAGACAGGGGCGGACCCACGGUAGAGUGGGGUGUGGCACGUGCCCCAUACUACAAUUAUAUAUUUCUUGUACACAUAUAUAACAUAUUGUUGUCAGUAGCUCCUUUGGUUAUUAGACUCACAGUAGUGCCCCACGCUUUACGAGUUCGAACCUAGGCUUCUUUUUUUUAGUAUUUGUUUUUGUGUGAUUAGGAUAAAGAUAAAUAACGUAGUGUUUUAGUUUGACACAAAUCUCAAGACUGAAACUAGAGACAAAGUUGAUGUUAACACAAUAAUUUUUUUUUUUAUAUAUUUUGUUUUAUUUUAAUCACUUUUCAUAAAUAUAUAUUCUUUUUUUACUAUGUUGCUAAAUUUUUUUAUGAGUGAUUUUCUUUUAGUAUAUAGUUUUUCUGAAGUAAAAAAUAUUACACUUUAUUUUGUUAUUUAUUUGUAUUAAUUCGCAUUUAUUAAUUAUAAUACUUAGAUUAAAAUGAAAGCUAUAUUGAAUAAGUGUUUAUAAUGAAACUAUAUGUGUAAUAUAUAUUUUUAUCUUAAUAUUACUUCAACUAAAUACUUAGUAUUAUGAAAUGUUUAUCUUUUUUUUAUUUGAAUAUUUCCUUAAAUAAGAUGUAAAUAUUAAUGAUUAAUGUUAUUUAUUUUAAAAUUAUUAUAUAAUUUAUUUUUUAAUUAUAUUUAACAUUUUUUUUAAAAAAUAACAUAGUAUUAUAUAUUGUGCCCCAUGUUAAUUUAUUUUCUAGAUCCGCCCCUGCACACAGAUAAUUUUUCUUUGAUCACUGACUUGUUUACAUCUAUCCGUAACGAUUGAACUUUGAUUUGAUAAUUUGGUAUUUCUCAAGUUCUCUGUUUCUUUAAUUAUUAUUUUCUUCUUCAUUAGUUGUUCACUUUGUAUGGUUUAGAUUUUAAAUAUUGUCACCAUUUGAUUAGUAAAUCAGUUAUAAAGUGAUGUUGAAUUGAAUUUUAAAAUAAAUUAUAGUUGUGGAGGUGGUCUUUACGAACGAACAUGUUUCAGAAGAGAUGAUGUUCUUCUUUUAAAAAUAAGAACUAUUAUUGGUGCCUUAUUUUUCUUUAUGUUGUUGUAUAGUUAAGUCAUCCUUAUUUUUAAUACGUACUUAUAUUUUUUUGUCUUGUACUAUUAUUUGAAUUUAAUUAAUUUUAAUUCAGUUUCUUACAAUAGUUUUGUAAUAAUGUUGUUUGCAGAAAAAUGCCUCCAGUGAGCACUAGAAAGCAUGUUCAUGGAUCAGUUAAAAGGAAGGAAAAAAAGAAAAGAGAUGAGUUUAUCAAAUCUCAAGCUAACUCUAUGCUUAAGUUCGUCACAAAAUCAGGACCUUCUAAAACGGAUGUGCCUACGGAGGAUGAGAUAAACAAAAAAGAUGCAUGUGAUGAAGAAGAGAUGCUUACAAAUGAGAAUCAGGAAGACGCUGAUGCAGUUGAGUACAUGGAAGAGACCAGAGAAAAGAAUAUGGAAGAGACCAGAGAAAAAAAUAUCAGAAACGUUAAUGAAAAGCAUGGAAACAUGGAUUCUACUGAUCCUGGAACGUGGAAAAGAAUUGAGAAAGGAGAUAGAGAUUUCUUGGUUGAAAAGGGUCCUCCGGUCAGAUUACCAAUUAAUUAUCACUUUCCGAGAGACAAAUUUAAUAGAUGUUUUUCUCAUUCAUCUUAUACAAGAAAAAUGAGCAAUGGAGAAAAUCAUGAUAGAAGAUGGCUGGUUUAUUCAAAAUCUAAAGAUCUUCUUUUUUGCUGGUGUUGUAAGCUAUUCAGCCAUGAAAAAGAUCUUCCUAUAUUGGCAAGUACCGGGUUUAGUGACUGGAGGAAUAUUUCUUCUCGUUUGAAAAGUCAUGAAACUAGUCAUACUCAUAUUUUAUGCAUGACUAAAUGGACAGAGCUGGAAGUGAGACUUCAAAGGAAUGAAACUAUUGAUCGACAUGUGCAAGAAGAAAUAAAUAGGGAGAAAAGACAUUGGAGAGAUGUACUGUUGAGGCUGCUUUCAUUGGUUGAAGCUUUUGCUAAAUAUAACAUUUCUUUUCGUGGAGACAAUGCGAAGAUUGAUGAUGAGAACAACGGAAAUUUUCUGGGUAUGAUUAAGGCGAUUGCAAAAUUUGAUCCAGUAAUGAAAAAACAUCUCCGGCGAUUUGAAAAAGGUGAAACUCAAUAUCAUUAUCUCAGUCACAAAAUUCAGAAUGAGUUAAUAGAGUUACUUGCAUCUGAAAUCAAGUUAAUGAUCAUCGAGAAGAUUCAGAAUGCGAAGUAUUUUUCGGUAAUUCUAGAUUGUACUCCUGAUAUUAGUCGUAAAGAACAAAUGGCUCUUAUUGUCCGAUGCGUGGAUACUUCGACGUCUUCUCCCAAAGUUGAAGAAUUUUUCCUCACAUUCUUAGAAGUAAAUGAUACAUCAGGAAAAGGACUAUUCGACGCUCUACGAAAGGUAUUGUUUGAUUUCAAGUUGAAUAUUAAUGAUGUGAGAGGACAAGGUUAUGACAAUGGAGCAAACAUGAAAGGAAAAUACAAAGGUGUGCAAAGCAGAUUACUUGAAGUUAAUCCAAGAGCAUGUUAUACUCCAUGUGGAUGUCAUAGCCUUAAUCUCGCGCUUUGUGAUAUGGCUUCUUCAUCUAAAAACGCAGUGUCAUUCUUUGGGAUUGUUCAACAAAUCUACUGUCUGUUUUCAUCUUCAACUAGAAACUGGGAGAUAUUCAGAGAGAAGGUGAAUGGCCUAACACUCAAACCAUUAUCACAAACUCGCUGGGAGAGUCGGAUAGAUAGUGUAAAGCCUAUAAGAUUUCAGACACUACAAAUACGAGAGGCUUUAUUUUACUUGGCUGAAAGUAGUAAUAAUCCAAUGCAUAAAAGUCAAGCUGAGUCUCUUGCUGAGAGUGAAUCACAUGGAAUUGGAGGGUUUGAAUUUUUAUUUGGAAUGAUCAUUUGGCAUGAACUUCUAUCUGCUUUUAACAUAGUAAGCAAGAUCCUACAGUCAGAGGAUAUGGAUAUUGAUGUUGCUAUUUCUCAACUAAAUGGACUUGUGUUAUUUCUGAAACAAUAUCGAGAAACAGGUUUUGAGCAAGCAAAAGCUGAAGCUACACGAAUUGCAAAUGAGAUGGAGAUUGAGCCUGCAUUUUCUGUAAAGCCAAACCGUACUAGAAAAAGGAAAAGACAUUUUGAUGAAGAUAUCAACAAUGAAGAAGAAAGUAUGGUGUUACCUGGGGAGGAGGGAUUUAGGGUGGACUACUUCAUAAACAUCAUGGAUCAAGCUAUUGUUUCUAUUGAAACAAGAUUUGAACAAUUCCAAAGUUAUGAUAAAACUUUUGGAUUUUUGUUUGAUUUAAACAAGCUGAAAUCAACUAGUGAUGAUGAGCUGAUGGAAUCUUGUGUUAGACUUGGAGAUUUUUUUAGGCAUGGUGAACAUUCUGAUGUAAAUGGGGAAGAUUUAUGUUCGGAGUUUAAACUUCUAAGAAUGGUACUACCAGAAGAAGUUAAAAGAGCAGCUGAGGUAUUGAACUCUUUGAAAGGAAUGGAGGAUUUUUAUCCAAAUUCAUGGAUUGCUUAUCGAAUAUUGUUGACAGUCCCGGUAUCUGUUGCCUCUGCAGAAAGAAGUUUUUCUAAGUUGAAGUUGAUAAAAAAUUAUCUGCGAUCUACUAUGUCACAAGAAAGGUUGAAUGGGUUAUCAAUGAUAUCUAUUGAAAAAGAUAUGGUUGAUAAACUUGAUUACGAAAAGAUUAUGGACGAAUUUGCCGGAAGAAAAGCUAGAAGAUCUGUUUUUCAAAAAUAAAAUUGUAUUGAUAUAUUAUGGUUUUUGUAUUUCUAAAAUUUAAUUAUAUUUAAUUAUAUUUUACGAGGGCCACAUUUUUUUUUAUGCUUUAAGCCACUUAAAUAUCCGGGACGGCACUGCUAAUAACACCUAAGUUGUUGUUGGUCCACAUCAUCACGAUUCAGCGCCUCGGAAACGUUUCAGACUUAUCAGCUAACUACAUUUUGGUUAAUUAUUUAUCACCAUAACGUUCUUUUGUUGUUAACUAACUAUUAUAAAAUUAAUUUACAAAAGUUUUAACUAUCAAAACUAGAAUCACAUUACACUACGCGUACAUCGAAUUUUCUCAUAAUGACGUUUUGGAGAUGAUUACAGAUUUAUAUGGAUAUUGUUUUUUUUGGUCUAAUGUGGAUGGAUAUUGUUUGCAGCUUCAACAAAUGACAUUACGCAUAUAUAGUAAAAACAAAUUAAGCAAAUUGACGAAUGGUUUGAUCCCAGAUAAUAUAUUUAUUUUCUCAUAUCAUGCGUGCAUAUUAAUGCAAUUUGGUGUGCAUGGAGGGCAGAAAGAGACAAUCCAGUGCCGAUUCAUAGUAUAUGAUCGACUCUAAUUAUAUCUAUAGAGACAAAAUAUACUAUAUAAUUGUGUUCAAUUUAACCAAUAAUAUAAAACCUGCAGAAUCAUUAAUGAAGAUUAGCUGAGGAAGAGGAAAUUAAUUGACGAGAUCCUUAAAACCAAACAAGUGGUGGUGCGAACGUAACGUCGCAUGGGGGGGACGCAUUUUCCAUAACAUGCACUUGGACCCACUUUUAUUUAUAUGAAUUUUGUUAAUAUUUUCUUUGUUAUUUUUCUUAUAUAUAGUAUAUUCAGUAUUUUGGUUUAGUCCAAGGCUUCAAUCAUUUCUUCCAAUUUUAUUGUUUCGGUAUAAUUUGUUACGUAAAUUCAUGAAUAUUCGACUAAAUUAAUAUGAUAAGUGAACAUAUCACGAGGGUUAUCAUCAUGCCAUAUGCGGAAAAUGUGAUAUGUAGGAGUAUGAACUCGAGGUGUGGACAGUGGAUUAUUGAUUAACGAUUUUGUGUUUCUUUUCCAGCUCAACAAUUUAUUUAAGGUAAUUCGUUAUUUUAAUUGCAAUGCAGGGUUUUUCGAAAUUUUUUUUUUGCAAUGCGGCUUAGAAGUAGGGACGUUGCACAAAAUGUUAAUGUAGCUAACAAUAGUUCAUAGAGAAGAUAAUGUCUGUAAUAUAUCAUAUUAUUCUUUUUUUUUUGGGCAACAUCAUAUUAUUCAUAUACACUUCACAUCAUCUUGAAUUUUAAGAACAAACUGAAAAGUGAGUACUUCUUUUUAGACCGACAGUAACAAUGAUUCAACCGUUUACAUGACAUGAAAUUGAAUUGUCUCUGGUUCCUCUUUUACACAUUCCGUAUUUGUAAAUGUGCUUUUUGUUGAUCAAUAAAUUUCAAAUUUCAACGGAAAAAAUGUUGUGUAUAUGAAUAAUACAGUGUUGAUCAAUAAAGUGUAGGCAAUUAUAAUUUAACUUACGCAUUUUUCCUAAAUACAAUGUUUGAUAAUAAUUUUUAUCUGCAUGUUACUUUAUAAAUUAUAAAUAAAUAAUUGGAGAUGAGACAUUCGUGCACAUGGGGGGCAUGUACACAAAAUAAGUGUUUUGGUGUGGUGCGCCGUAUUACAUUGUCAAUAUUUAUCAUCCGUUUCUUAUGCCUAAAAUACUUCAAUUUAAUUUUCUUCGUAAACAAAAAGCAUCUUCAGUAAAUCUUAAGUUUUCCUGGUUAGAGUAUUUUGUAUAAUUUUCUGUGUGUUUAUAAUAGUAUUUGAAUCACAUAUAAAAUCAAUAAUUACUUUGAUUGUUUGUCAAAUAAACAACUGCAUUAUUUUCAAAAAAUAAAAUGAACAACUGCAUUGUUUUUUUUUUAACACAAACAAUUGCAUUGUUUAAAGGGUCUUUGUUUAAAAUACAUUUCCCUACCUUUUUCUAGCUACACAUGUGGUAGGGUUUAUUUAUAAUGUUUAAAAAUAAAUCAUAAAUCUCCCACUUCCGUGUAUUAUGUGUAAAUAAUUAAUGUGUAUUUACUUAUAUACAUAUAAAAGUUUUGACCCUUCAUGCGGCCGCGGGUGGCUAAUGGCCAUUGUUUGUACAAGUACAAAGUACGAACUAUCUUCAAAAAAAAAAAAAUUGUUGUAAAAGCACUUUUUUUAACACUUCAAUCUUAUUGUUUUCGUUUUUGUUCGGUUAAUUUCAUAGUUUUAUGCAACUUUCAAAUUGUAAGGUGUAACUUGUAACUAUUGAUUACUAAAAAAACUAUUGAUAUUGAUUAAUUGGUAGCGCAUAAAUACACUUUCUAACAACAUCUAGUAUAAAAAUGACUACUUGAGUUUUUUUUUUUUUGCUAAAAGGUUUUCUAUUGACUACUACUUGAGUUAGAGUCGCUUUGGUCCAUGAUUGAUAUUCUAAAAUGUACAGGUUUAACAGUUAUGUUUGAAACUGGAUAUUUUUUUAUAGCCUUUUGCUGUAUAUUUAUUCAUAAAUCUAUAGAUCUGAAAUAGAAAUAUUGGAGAGAUUUGCCACUAACAAAUAUGCUUAUUUUAGAAAAAAAUUUGUGAGUCUGUUAUUCGACGGCUACACUCACCAAAACAUGUUCAUAACAAUUAUGUUUUUACCAAAAGUAGCACUUAAAGAUAUCUCAACUUAAAAUAAUUUUUUUUUGGGGUAACAAACUUAAAAUAGUUUCAAAGCAUUGGAUAUAUUCUUUACUAAGCGGUGUAUUUCAUGUCAGCAAUUAGUAUCUUUAUGUGUAUAUAAAUAGAAUAAAAAAUCCAUAGGAAGUUUGAAAAUAUUUUAAAAUAAAAAUUCAAUAAAGCAUUGACGAAUCAGCGUGUGUAAACAGUUUAAAUUUAAGUAUAAUUUUAUUUCUGCUAACAAAUUUUUAUUAGUUUUAUUAUUCUUAUUUUCUAUAUUUUCUUUUCAAAAAAUUUUAGAUACUUGAUUUUCGUAGCGUUCCUUAUAAUUUUUUUUGAGAAAUAAUCUUAGGAUUAUUGACUUCAAAUAUAUCAUUAAUAUUUUUAAUAAAAAAUAUUUAAAUUGUUUAGUUGAUAAACGGAAAGACAUCUGAUUUAAUUUAAGCAAAAUACAUUUGGGUCAUUUUAUCUUCUGAAAACAUAUCUUCUGAAAACAGAUAUAUAAUAUUAUUUGAUAAGUGAAUUUGCUUAUUUGUUAUAUUCUCAUUGAUUUUAGAAUAAGUCAUUAGCUUAAUUAAUAUUACUAUUUAUAAUUAUAUACAUAUAUAUAUAUAUAAUUAUAUAUAUAUAUAUAUUUAUCAUGAUAUUUAAGAUAAUUAAUAAACAUUAACCUAUUCUACCGAUAUGUACACUAAUAUUUUUAAAAAUAUAUAUUUUAAUAUAUACAGUUAUAAUGAUAUUUAGGACAUUUAGUUAAUAAACAGAUAUUUACAACUAAUAUUAAAAUAGAUACCGAUAAUCAUAAUUACAUUUAUCUUAUAUUUAGUUAUGAUUUUAAUGACUAAUAUUAUAGCUAAUUUUUCUGAUUCUUAUUAGAAAUAUUGAUCCAAGUACAGAUUAUUACAAUGCUAUAAUUAAGAUUAAAGUUAAAGCAUCAUUAAAAAUAUAAAUAAUAUAAAUCAUAUACUUAUGUUAAAUAUUAUAUAUUCAUAUAUAUAUAUAUGUAACAUUAAACAAUCAUAUUCCUAACCUAAAAUAAAUUAAUUUGUAUUUGUACAUGCCGAACAUUAAAAUAACCAAAUGAAUUUAUGCUAAUAAUGAAUUUAUCCGUAUAAUCACAAAUGUUUUCAAAAUAAAAUAUUUAAAACCAAAAUAGUUAAUGUUAUAUAAACUAUAAAACGAAAAUUAACUAAAAAUAUUAAAAAAUAUAUGGAAGCAUAAAAAACAUUAAAUAACACUAAAACUGUUAAAAGUCUCACAUUAAAAAUUUUGUGAACCAUGGUUUAAUUUUUUUUAUGACAAGGUACAAAUGAUUACAAAAUCAUAUAAAUAUGAAGACUCAUUUAAUAAAUAUUAAGAUUAAAUAUAUAUAUAAUCUAUAUUAAUUUCAUUGUUUGAACAAUUUUUUUGAUAAAAGCUUUGAACAAAUAUUGACAAUUUAAUAGUUAAAUUUUAAAUUUUUCAUUGAUUUUGUUUUUAAUUAUAAAUUACAAAAACUAUUAAACAUCACACAAUGAAAAAAAUGUUAUCAGUAAUUCAAAGUUUUUGUUAUAAGAAGAUACAAAUCAUCAAAACAAUAUGAGUAGAAAAAAUUAUUUAAUAAAUAUCAAUAUUUUAAAUAUAUUAUAUAUCUAUGUAAAUAUCAUUUAAAUUUAAAUAUA